AUGUCCACUCCCAAAGUUACCCUCUACUUCGAUAUCAUUAGUCCCUUCGCAUACAUUGCGUUUCAUGUCCUCAAGCACUCUCCAACCUUUUCCAAAUGCGAAGUCACCUACGUGCCCAUCCUUCUAGGCGGUCUAUUCCAGCUCUGCGGUAAUCAACCACCUCUCAAUAUCAAGAACAAAAACAAAUGGAUCGACAACGAACGCAACAGAUGGGCCAGACGCUUCUCCGUCCCCAUUUGCGCCACUCCCCCGCCGGGCUUCCCCCAAAGCACCGUGACCGUCCAGCGCGCCCUCAGCGUGGUCGCGCACAAGACUCCGGAAAAGCUCCCGGCUGCCAUCGAGGCGAUUUAUCAUUCGUUCUGGGUCCAGUCCAAUUCGGAGAUCGGUAAAGUAGAGGGCUUCAAGCCGGUGCUGGAGGGUGUGUUGGGGGAGCAGGUGACGAGAGAGGUUCUGGAAGCGAUCACCCAAGCUGAGAUGAAGGCCCUGCUCCCAACGAAUACCCAGCGGGCGUUUGACGCAGGAGCCUUUGGUCUGCCAUGGUUUGAAUGUACCAAUGCAGCGGGGGAGCAACAGUGUUAUUGGGGGGUUGACAAUUUGGAGGAUGUUGCGGGCUUCUUGGGAUUGGAACGGGGUAGAGAUCCGAAGCCGCUGCUUUGA